UGUUGCGCAUGCGCAGGCUGAGCCAGUGACGUGACGUCACGGUAAGACUCCAGCAGGAGGCGUAGGCAGAAGAUGGCGGAGCUGGUGUGGGUUAGAGAUGCGGCCGGGGUUCGUCUGGCUCCGUGUCAGCUGCCCCGGGGGUCCCUAGUGCGGGAUCUGCUCCCCGUCAGCGGCUCGGGAAGGCCGCGGUGUGAUUUCUACGUGAAGUGCAAUGGCCGGAGAGUCAGUACAGAGGAGGAGCUGCAGUAUGGCGCGGUAUACAGUGUGGAGCCUCGCCUGUGUGGCGGCAAAGGGGGGUUUGGUUCCAUGCUCCGGGCACUUGGGGCUCAAAUUGAAAAGACAACAAACCGAGAGGCCUGCCGCGACCUCAGCGGGAGGCGUCUCCGGGACGUGAACCACGAGAAAGCCAUGGCGGAAUGGAUAAAGAAGCAAGCGGACCGGGAAGCCGAGAAAGAGCAGAGGCACAUGGAGAGGCUGAAACGUAAACUCGCUGAGCCGAAACACUACUUCAACGAUCCGGAGUACGAUCGACAGUGCACCGAUAUGUCGGAGAGGAUGGAGGAUGCGGUUAUCCAGGGUUUGCAAGCUGCGUCCAGCAGAGCGGUUUCCGCUGAUUCCGGUGACUCCCGUAAACGCAGGAAUGAUCCAGGGAGCAGCAAGGGACAAUCGGACAAAAAGAAAUGCCUUUGGUCGGGGGUGGAAGGUUUGGAUGUCUCCUCUUCUUCUUCUUCAAGUUCUGAAAGUAGCAGCGAUAGCGACUCUGAAUCCCCCUGUACAUCGGCGUCAUGUGGAAACACCGUAUCGGGGCUGCACAGCUCCGAGAGCAGCUGUGAUGGAGCAGCACAAGGUUUCUGCGUUACCGCACCAAGUGAACCGAGUGCGGAAGAAAUGGAGACUGAGAGUUCCAUACAGGGUAUCACAGGCGUGGAGCAGCCAACGUGCGAUGGUGGACAGACUGCUUAUAAUUCCGCGGCCUCCCUAGAGCCUGAUAAUCCUGCGGCUAUCCGAGUAGUUGAGGAAUCGGUGGCUGCCCCAGAGCCUGAUAAUCCUGCGGCUAUCCGAGUAGUUGAGGAAUCGGUGGCAGCCCCAGAGCCUGAUAAUCCUGCGACUAUCCCAGCACCUGUGGAAUCGACGACUACUCCAGAGCCUGAAAAUCCUGCGACUACCCCAGCAAUUGAGGAAUCAGCAGUUACCCCAGAGCCGACACAAUCCGCAUUUACCCCUGAAACCCAGCAGAAGCCCCCACACACUGACUCUGCUUCCUUUGACCUCCUGGCGUUCACCUCUGCGGCAGAGAUGGAAGCCCUGGGCCUGGACAAGCUGAAGCUGGAACUCAUGGCCAUGGGUCUGAAAUGCGGGGGCACCCUGCAGGAACGAGCGGCCAGACUCUUCUCCGUACGCGGACUCUCCAGAGAGCAGAUAGAUCCAGCACUCUUCCCAAAGCCAAGCAAGGGGAAAAAGAGAUAGCUUAUGGAGGGGUCAUUACGAUAAGGACUGGAUUGGGGGGGGGGGGGGGGGGGGGGGGUCACGCCCCAGAAAGAUGCCGGAAGGAGGCGAUACACGGACACACAUAUUUUCUGUAUAUUCUUUUUAAUAAACUUUACAUCCUUUUAAA